AUGGCAGGUCAAGUCGUUCAAGUUGACAUUCGCAGCAAAGCCAUCACACAGCGAUGGACCGUGGGGGCCCAAGCCGUUUCCUGCAUUGCGCUCCAACAUCAAAAACGUAGUCGGAGCAUGCCUGCUAGCAAGGUGGCGUCCCAUGAUCGCGCCGCCACCUCGUCUGCUGUCACCCCACAAGCAGCGCAACCAGCGGCUAGUGCACCAGCGACCAUGGCUGCAACAGCCAACGUGGCUCGUUCAACCACAAACGCCACAAGCGCAACAACCACGCCGACCGCACCUCAGCUGCCUGAGCCCGGCAGGAUGCUGCCCACCUCAACGCCCGCUCGCGCUCCUGCGUCUGCCAAUCGUGGCAGCACAUCAGCAGCUGCCCCAGCACCUCCCUCAGUUGAAGCCAAAGUUGCCCCCAAAGCCAAACCAGAUGCAAGCCCUAGUGCCAUUUCCCCACCCAAAAUGUUUACACCCGCUCCCAACAAAGCACGCAUCCGACGUGAGCCUGCGGCCUCCUUGGCCGCAACCACAUCAAAAACGGGCAGCGCGCCUGCCAGCAUGGACGAUUUACGCUCGCGACUCGCUCAGCUGCAAGCCGCCAUGGAGCGUGCACCUUCUCCAAAACAACAACCCACAUCCUUUCCCAGCCCACGGCGAGACUCUGCAACCAAUAGCACAGCCCCGGUCGCCAGCCCACCGAGCCAGUCACAAUCAAAGUUGCCCGUUGAAGCGGCGGCUAAUACCACGCCAUCUACGGCUCCACCCAAGCCCACCGAGCCCAUUCGCCAACCUUCAUCCUUUGCCGUGUCCGCUUCAGAAGCCAUGUUGCGCGGCACCCCUUCUUUGACGCCGCAUGUGCCACCCCCAACUGUUUCAGGCUCUACAGACCGGAGUGCCGCCGACACAUCGCAGCCAACUCAAGCUAAUACCAGCGCCGCUCGAGAGCUGCUUGAGCUUGAGCGCCACAAGUUGGAGCGCGCCAACAUCGAGAAUCGUCACGCGGGGGCAAACAUGCCCCUGGAUGCUGGUGUUCAGGCCGAUUUCAUUCGCAACGUGGUCCAAAGCACGCUGGAUGAUUUCCGUUUCUCCCUCCAUCGUGAUGUGCACAACUUGCACGUUGAACUCAUCCGCCAGUUUGAGCUUCAAAAGGCAAGAACGCUCACAGGCCCCGUGCUAUCCCCCUUGUUUGCAACUCGUCUCACCCAGUGCGUCAUCUGCACAUCCACUUGCAGGCGGAAUUGGAAGCAUCAUUUGAAUCGCUAUCUAUUCGCGAAGAAACUCUCACAGAGCUCGAGUUGCUGCGGGAGGAAAAUCGCCAGUUACGGCUGCAACUCCAACUUCCGUAAUCAACCCGUGCCUCGGCUAACAAGAGUUGUUGUUUUCCGUUUUCAUGUUUAUUUUUGUGUGCUAUGCCUGAUGCCAUUUUUGUGCAUCGUCCGUUGGAUGAGAGUACUCGUGCGCAAUUGA